AGCAAAAGUGAAAACGGACAGGCGUAGUAAAGUUUAACCGUUUUCAGUUUGCAUUUCUUCUUAUCACGAUGGCCGAACAAGAUAAUGUCAGCGUUAGUGUUGACAGUGAGAGCAGCAACUUAAGCGUGCUCAGCUGGGAGCAAGUGCAACGCCUGGACAACAUCCUCUCCGAGACCAUCCCCAUACACGGCCGCUGGAGCUUCCCGACCUUGGAGAUGGAGCCGCGGCACAUUGUCAAAACAGUGAGACGGCGGAUGGAAGCGAAGCAAAUUAACGUUCGAGAGGUCCGGCUAAACGGGUCGGCUGCCAGCCACGUUCUGCAUGAGGACAGCGGUUUGGGGUACAAAGACCUUGACCUGAUCUUCUGCGCCGAGCUGAAAGGUGAAGCGGAAUUUAAGACUGUCAAGGAUAUUGUUUUAGACUGUCUCAUGGAUUUUUUGCCCGAAGGGGUGAACAAGGAGAAGAUAACACCGCUAACUUUAAAGGAAGCGUAUGUUCAGAAGAUGGUGAAGGUCUGCAAUGACUCCGAUCGCUGGAGCCUCAUCUCUCUGUCCAACAACAGCGGAAAGAACGUGGAGCUGAAGUUCGUGGACUCGCUGAGGCGGCAGUUUGAGUUCAGCGUGGACUCCUUCCAGAUCAAGCUGGACUCGCUGCUGCUGUUCCACGAGUGCUCCGAGAACCCCAUGUCGGCCACUUUCCACCCCACCAUCAUCGGCGAGAGCGUCUACGGCGACUUCAACACCGCCCUGGACCACCUCCGGCACAAGACCAUCUGCACGCGCAACCCGGAGGAGAUCCGGGGCGGCGGGCUGCUGAAGUACUGCCACCUGCUGGUGCGGGGGUUCCGCGCGGCCUCCGAGAGCGAGAUGAAGUCGCUGCAGCGGUACAUGUGCUCCCGCUUCUUCAUCGACUUCCCCGACAUCGGCGAGCAGCGGCGCAAGCUGGAGUCCUACCUGCAGAACCACUUUGUGGGCCUGGAGGAGCGCAAGUACGACUACCUGAUGACGCUGCACGGCGUGGUGAAUGAGAGCACCGUGUGCCUGAUGGGCCACGAGCGGCGCCAGACGCUCAACCUCAUCACCAUGCUGGCGCUGCGCGUGCUGGCCGAGCAGAACGUCAUCCCCAACGUGGCCAACGUCACCUGCUACUACCAGCCCGCCCCUUACGUGGCCGACUGCAACUUCAGCAACUACUACAUCGCCCAGGUGCAGCCCGUCUUCGCCUGCCAGCAGCAUACCUACGCGGCCUGGCUGCCCUGCAACUGA